AUGGGAAACGUACCAGCGAAGGAAUCAAGAAGUAGAUCAAGUUCUACGUCAUCCACAGUAUCCGGUAUACCUUCAUCAGGUUCAUACACUAACCUAUCAAGUACAUCCCGAUCCCCUCCUCAACAGCAGCAAGCUCGUCAACAACAAAGAAGAAAUACAAUCUCCUAUAAUCUAACCACCAACCAUAAACGUUCCGCUUCUGCCGAAUUACGAAGAUAUAAAAGACAUCAAGAACGAGAAAUGGCUCAAGAAACUCAUUAUAUGCAAUUAAUUGUCAAAUAUGAUGAAAAUGUUGAUGGAGGAUAUUUGGCCCCUUAUGGAACCUAUAAAUCAAAUCUUGAUUAUAAUUGUGAUAUUGUUCGGAAAUUGAUAAUCGAUGGUCGGAUGUCACCUUUUCUCACUCCAUUACAAGAUUUUGAUGAAAGUUGGACUGAUGAUGAAUUAUGUAUCAUAUUGUCUCAAUUACCAUUACAUGCAUUAGAACCUGGUUUUAGUGAUGAAGAAGAAGAGGAUGAUUUGGAUGAUCAUAAGAUUCAUAAAUCGGCAAACUUUUAUAAACGACAAGAAAGUAAAGAAAAAUUAAAGGCUUUGAUUGAAAGAGUUAAAGAUUUACAAGCGUUGGAAGAACAAAGAUAUUUAGAAGAAAGGAAAACUAGUAAAGAUUAUCCAAGUAGGGAUUUAUUAUUACGAUUAUAUCGUGAACCUGCUGAAUGUCCAAUUUGUUUCUUAUAUUAUCCAAGUCAUUUAAAUGUAUCUAGAUGUUGUUUACAACCCAUUUGUACUGAAUGCUUUGUUCAAAUCAAACGACUAGAUCCUCAUCCUCCUCAUGAUGAACAGCAAUCCAAUGAAGCAAAUAAGAAUGAAUUACCUCAAACUUUAAUCUCCGAGCCUGCAAGUUGUCCAUAUUGUGCCAUGCCAGAUUUUGGAAUCACAUAUGAUCCUCCAUCAGAUAUAAGAACCGGAAUUGGUGGGACAAAACCUGGUGAUUACAAAUUACGAAAAUCAUUAGAUGUGGUAAAUGAUCAAGAUAUAGAAGAAGAAUCAGCCACUAAUAACAACCCCUCUUCUCCAAGUAAGAAAAAUAAUAAUUCACCUCCAGUCACACCCAGACCCAAAACUAGAAAACGAAGAGGAUCAAUCGCCGCCAAUGCCCCUGGUGUCAUCACAGUUGAUAUGAUUCGUCCUGAUUGGGAAACAAAUCUAUUAUCAGCCAGGAAUAGAUUAGCCCGCAAGGCUGCGGCUGCAAGUGCGAUCCAUGCUUCAAAUUUACUUAUUCUGGAUAGUAAUAGUACAAUUAACAAUAGUAGUGGUAAUGGAGAUAAUAGCGACAUGUAUCGUCGUCUUGCAGCGGGAAGAAGAAGGGCGAAUACUUCUGGCUCCCCGAGUCAGGGUGGUGGAACUAGUCUUCGAUCUAUUGAAGAGAGCAUGCUUGCUGAAGCAUUGAGAUUGUCUAUUAUUGAUGAAGAAGAAAGGAAGAAGAAACAGGUGGAAGAGGAAAACAAGAAGAAGACCAAGAAAAAGCUUGAUCAAGAACAACAACAAAAAGUGAGUACGUAG